AUGUCAAAAUCAUCUGGAACUAUAUCUGCUGAGGAAACGAAGCAACUGGAAAAUAAUGAAAAUCGUGUGAGUCAAGGUGUAGAACAAAUAUCUGGUGGAGAAAUUCAGGAACUAAAUGUUUUAUCGCCAGAGCAUGGAACAAAUAUGGAAGAGGAAAUUUCUGAACUAUACAAGGUGCGAGAUAUUUCUACUAAUAAGUUAUCACAGUUGGCUAGUGAAGUGUGUUGUUUGCUAAUGGGUAAAUGUGUGAAUACUAGUUGGAGAAAUGCUGUAUUGAUAAUGGAUAAACAUACUAUUGCAUGGAAAGAAUUUGUUGGUGUACAUGAACGUUUAAUUCAAGUGUUGAACAGUGAGAGUGAGAAAAGGAUGGCUUGUGCUGAAUACGGACAGCAACAAAACAGGAAAUUAGAGUUGGAUGCCAAGUUAAAAGAGUGGCGUAAAUCAAAGGAAGCUGAACAUUUAGAUGAGAUAGAGAGUAAGAAAUCUCAUAAAUCAUCGAAGAGUGGGAGUAGUUGUGGAAGUAGUGCUAGUACAAAAUUAUCGAGACA